UGAAACAUUGGGUGAAUUCAAUACUUACCUACUGUGUGGAUGAUAAUGAUGUCAUGCCAAAAAUAUUGUUUGCUGCAACGCAUAGUGACCUUCUCUCAGAUGAUAUGCAGAAGAAGAUGAACAUGAAAUUUGUAAAGAAAAUCACUGAAAUGUUUGGUACCCAUGAAAUGAAGAAACACAUUGUCUUCGAACCAGUUUUCUUUAUAAAUGGUACAGACAAAGACGAUCAUGGAAUUCAGAAUUUAAAAAACCAACUUGUCACUAUUGCCCGGAACCAGCCAUCUUGGGGACUACGGCGACCGAUGCUUUGGGUUCCCCUUGAGCUUCUGAUUGAUAAUAUGAUCAAAGAUAACAUCCAUAUAAUACCGAAAAUACAGUUAGCUGAAGCAAACACAAUGAACAAAGACCUAGCCCUGUCAGAAAGACAACUGGAAGAUUUUCUCUUAACACAACAUUCUUUAGGCAAAAUAAUGUACUUUAAUCAACCAGAACUUAACAAUUUUGUCAUUCUUUAUCCUCCUGCAUUGGUCAACAUCCUUCGAUCAUUCAUCACAGAUGAAAUAUUUUGGCCCAAGAAUGAGACCCUUAAAGGUAUUCUAAGAAGAAUGAGAGAAACUGGAAAAUUACAUAAAAGAGAUCUCCUUCAACUAUGGCAACAGGAACCAUUCGUUCAUCAUAUACAAGAGGAUGACUCCAAAGAGUUCAUUAUCCAGGUUCUAGUGCAUCUCGAUGUUUUGGUCCUACCGAAACAAUACGUUGACAAGAGUGUCACGCUCGUCGAUUAUUUCUUAGUUCCAUGCACUGUAAAACACAAGAUGCCGAUGUCCUUUCUAGAUGACAAAUCAUUUGCAAACAGGACAAUUGCGUUGGUCUAUCAAAUACAGAAGUCAUCCAUACCAUCAGCAUUGUCUUUUAAACUGGUUGGUGCGGUUAGUGGUAUUUGGCCUAUCAAGGAGGUCAACGGACGUCCAUUAAUAUAUCAUUCAUCAGCCGUACUAUGUGUUGACAGCAACACCGAGUUUAGAAUAAUGGUAGAAGAAACGAGAGUCGUUGUCUAUCUUACGAACAUAUCUUCUAGAUCUUACAUCUCCCCAGAUAUUGCUGCCAGCAUUCAAGAAUGCCUGACCGUGACUUUACAAGCUGUUUUGAAAUUUUAUCUUAUCAGCAUUGGAAAGAACCAGAAAAAAGUGAAUUUGACAAAUCUCUUUAGCAUUGAAGUAGGAGAGGUUUGUGGCAGAUCUCCAUGCGUGAUAUCCAUUUCAAAGGCGAAACAAACCUCCUACUGGGUGUGUGAGCGUGGGAAUAAACACUGCUCCAGAAGAUCUUUACUGUGGUUUUUUAACAAGACACAGGAAGAAUGCCCAUCCAAUUGUCCAGGUCUUGGAAACACUGCCCUGACAAUGUCACCAAGCGAGCAACAUCUCUCACGACUUGCAUAUCACCUAGAUAUUAAUAGUUGUAGAGAGGUGAUGAUUCAUCUAGGGUUACAACUGAAUGAUUGGAAUGAUAUUGAUUACAGUUACACAAGGAUGCCUCUUGUCAUCAAAAUCAUGGCAUUCAAUUUCUGGAGAACAAAAAGCAUAAGGGGUAAACCCACAAAGUCAUUCCACGACUUGCUGGAUGCACUUAAGGCAGUGGGCGAUGAAAGACAUUUGCUUUGCAAGGUGUUCAGAGAAGACACGCAUUUAUUAGAUAUUGCAGAAAUUCGACUACAAGAAGUUCCACACGAUAAUGUUUUGAAAGAUCUGCCCAAAAACCUUGGAAACUGCGCCAUACAACUCGGAAUCGAGCUAGGAGUUAGUAUAAGUUCGAUAGAGGAGACAUUGACACGGCAUCCAAGGGACAUGUACAAUCAGAUAGAAGACAUCCUGAGAAAAUGGAAAACUUCAAGAGAAGUAAAACCUACAAUAUACAGGUUAAUGCUAGCUCUGGAACGCGUACAUACUGGAGGGUUGGAAUAUUUAAAGGGUAUCUACAUUGGACAGUAAUUAGUGUUCAUAUUCAAUACAUUCUGAAUAUUAAUCAUAAGAUGUCUCUCUUAACUUCACAAGAUGCCGUUUUUAAUAUCAAUCAAAUUAAAAGUCAAAUCUAUCAAAUAAUUCUACAGAAAAAUAUAACUGAAAAAUAAUAAAAAUUGAUAAAAAUGUGGAAGGCGAAAACACUUUUUAUGUUUAUGCCUAUAUGGUAUUGCAAUAUAACAACUCCUUGAUGAAAAAAAACCCAGGAAAAUGAUCAACCAACCUCUAAUUUUUAUGUUUCUACUAUAUUUCAAUACUAUAUAAGUCAAAUAAUUUACUAUAGUAUUUCUUCUUGUAAGAUUUCAACAUAAAAUAAAUUCAGUAUAGAUUAAACAAUUAAGAAAUUUAUAAUACAAAAUAAAUAAUUAUAUAGUGCUGUUUACACUACUGGGUAUAUUCGAGUGUAUUCGUUAAAUAAAGAACAUGGGAAAACAGAACAUAUAUUCUUUGUACAAUCAGAGAUUGAGAAACAGUAUGUAUGUCUGUGUUAAGUUUUCAAAUUCUUUAUUUGGGAUAACGUUUAUUCUUUUACUAUACUCUGUUGUACGAAGUUCAAAUGAAACAUGUACCUUGAUUGUUGUUCUGUUUACCUACAAUUGUGUUGUGUAUAAAUAUAACUGAAGUCAUAUGUAUACAAUAUAUAAUACAUAAUUAUAACAUGCAAAAAGUACAACUCGUACAGCAACAUAUGAUAAAUGGAAGAAACCAUGUAUAUUUAGUGAGACUCAACACAUGAUGGUUGAAUCGCUCAUUUAACCUUAAAGUACCAAGCACAAUCCAAAACCGGACAAGCAGGAAUCUGUUUUAUGUUCAUAAGUAAAAUUAAUUAAUGUCAUUCUUGUCACAUUCAAACUGGUGUCCAUUUAUAUUUUUGUUCCAAUCAUGCUCGGUUUAAAAUCUGAUCAGAAUGAACACUGAAAGUUGAAACUGUCUAAAUUGUUUGUAUAUAGUUUGUUUACUUUGAAUAUAAAUAAUAUGAUGUAAGAUGGUAUAUUAUGUUCAUCCGUCAUUCAGGUUUUGAAAGACUAUAUUACAAAUAUUUGUAUUAACAUUCUCAUUUAAUUUUUGAUAGAAAAAACAUCUUUCACUAAGAAAGUGUAAGUGUUUGAUUUAAUGUAUAUGAUAUGCAUAGCUUUGUUUUUCUUGUCCAAUUGAUAAGUCUUGUUUGGUUAUAGCAUAUAACCUGUCGUAUGAGUUUUCCGUUUCUGAUAGACAAUAUUUUAGCCUCAUCACAUAAAUCAUAUCAUUUCUCCAGAUACGUAUCUGGUAUAGUACAAUCGUAUUUGUACAAUACUUAUAAUUUGAAAAGAGCCAAAAUAUAUAAAUUAGCUAAUUAAAACCACCUUAAUACUUUGAACGGAUGCAUUUUUUAUUACAUAAUCAUGUUGCUGGCUUUAUUUGAGCGGAUUUAUCGAAGUCAGUCUAGAAAGCGCUUCGUAUGAAUUAAAUUGAUAAAAUGUAAUCAGUAUUAUAUAUGAAAGCCAUACAUCUUGUUCGGUACUGUCGUUGGAAUUUGACAUGAAGUUUAAGACAAAAAAGAUGAAACUAUGAGUUACGAAUAGGUUUAAUGAAACUUCUGAGAGACUUCUGGCGGUACAAGUGCAACCGUUUAAUAGCAAAUGAAAAAUAUCUUUCAUUAAACUAACUAACACUAAAUUAAGUGAUGUGAAUUCAUGUUUGCAUAAUUCUUUAUUCGGGUGGCGUUUAUUGAACUGCACGGUUCUAGAAUAAUUUGUUUGUUUUAUCAAAUAGAUUAUCAAAUCAUUAAUAAAGUAGGUAAAGUCAUGAACUGACCUUUUUUUGUCAAACAUGAAUGAUGCUUCGUGUAGAUAAAAGCCAGUGUACUGUUUUUGUAGUUAUAGUUAUAGUUGUAUUGUUGUAAAUAUUUGUAAUAUAUGCUUGAGUCUACGAGGUCUUACCAAACAAUGUUUAAAUAAGUCUUAUCAAGUGAUUAGUAUACAUUUGCAUACAACUACCACGGAUAUAGUCUGCAUAAAUGAGAUCUAACUAUUAACAGAAAUUGACUUGUUUUUGUGAAUUUCACAUUUUUGUUCAUAACAAGAUUGUAUAAGAUCUUUAGAUGUAUUUUAGUGUAACAGCUCUAUCAGUAUCAAAGCAUACAAAUUGUUUAAUGUAUUUUUAGCAUAUAAGAUAUAUUAACAAAAAAGGAGUAUACAGACAUCAUGGUUUCCUGUUUCGUUUUUAAAAUAAUAGUAAACAUUUAUCUGUUUUUGAAAAUUGAAAAAAAACAUCUAAGUUUUCUAAAACAAAAACUAAAAGCAUUUUGCAAGUCCUUUGGAUCAAUGUUCACACUAUUGAUUGUGUGUUGUUUCUUAAUACACUAAUCAGUCAACCAAUGUUCAACUCUCGUUAUUCGAUUGAAAAGAAAUUAAUCAAGGUAACGAUUAUAAACUGAGAGAAUCACAUUCAUUAAAAGAAGCGUGGCCGGAUGCGACGACAGGUCGAGCGUUUCCUACUAGGCAUCUUUCAUCAGUCAUGCAAAUUUUCACUGUGUUAAAUUGUCACAAAAGAGAACAGGACAAAAUAGGAAAAUACUAAUUCACAUGUCAAUAAGUGCUUGCAUAUCAUAUAUAUAUAUAUUUUUUUUAUAUAUAUAUCAAAUUAAUCUUUACAUGAUUGAUACCAUCAAAUCGAGCAAAUUAGUAUGAUAAUUUGGUUGAAAAGGACACAGAUUGAUAACUUUCAAUUAUAAUAUAUGACAAAUGUGACAAAUUAGAUUUUGCCAUUUUCGUACUUGGGGUUUGCAUGUUUUAUUGAAUCAUUUCGCAAGGACGUUUUUAAAAACAUUUUAUGACCUC